AUGGCGGUUUCAGCGGAGGAGGUGAGGGAGGCGUUUGUCGAUAAUUUUGGUAAGAAAUUUGUAGAAGUAGAUGAGAGGAGACCUUGUUUGGAAGGAAUUCAAGUUAAUAGAAUUAAAGGGGAGGAUAUGGUAGACAUUAAAAAACCUUUUAAGGAAAGUGAGAUUAGGGAAUUUAUUUGGAGUUGUGGGGAAGAUAAAAGUCCAGGGCCGGAUGGAUAUACUUUUCUCUUUAUUAAGAAGUGUUGGGAUAUUAUUAAAGAGGAUUUUGUGAAUUUUUUUGAGACUUUUUUACUCCGAUCCAUUUGCUUGGUGGGUUGUAUGUAUAAGGCGGUUGCCAAACUCUUGGCGGGGAGAUUAAAAGGAGUGUUAGAUUCGAUUGUUUCUCCGUGUCAAAGUGCUUUUUUGCCUGGAAGACAAUCAUUGGAUGGAUUUUUAGUGGAUAACGAAGUGGUGGAUUAUGCUAGAAAGGAGGGAAAAAUUGUUUGCUUUUCAAGGUUGAAUUUGAGAAGGCCUAUGAUAGAGUGA